ACCAUUCGUUAUGGUUAUGAGUUUAUGGUGGACAUACUCUAUUCCAAGAAGUUAUGUGAGAAUGAUAUGUGCCAACAGAAUAUGAAUGGAUCGAUUUAGCAUUGAUGAUUUGAUGUUGAUACACUUGUAAAGUCUCAUGAUUUGACCAGUGAGUUUGAGUUUGCGGUCCAGUAUCAAUUAUUCACAUGCUAGUUUUGCAUUUUAUGUUUAUAAAAAAAAUCCACUCCUAAAGUUUUUUUUUUUGAGAAACACACCUAAAGUUAACAACUCUUUAACUAAAACAAUAAAAUAGCAUUCGCGAUACAUUUGACAAAACGAGAUUCUAUUAAAUCAUUUAUUUGUGAGGUCGAUGAAAAAUAAAUGAAGCUCGCAGAUAAAUAAUUUACUCAACUAUUCAGUAGGUGAAAGAAUUAAAUAUUCAAUUAGUGUGCAAACACGAAUGUAUAGACCAUAUAUAGUGUAGAUGUUUGGCCUGGUAGUGGUUUACUGGUUAGGUGCGUGCCGAUUUAUAAUUAUGUCCAUGACAAGUGAAGAAGGACGGGGAGUAUGUACUGAAUUGUUGAGAUUGUGUGGUCAAAUUUGUGAAAGUUGGAAAAUUUAGGGGUUCAAUUGGGCCCCAUUUAUUUAAAGCCCACAAUUAACUAACCUCUUAUGCUUGUAGGCCCAAAAUGGUCCCAGCCCAUUGAUUGUUCUCAUCUACUAACCUAAUCAAUGAUUUUCUUUUAGUUCCCUAGUUAUUCAUAUAUGUUGGAUGACACCAUACAAACAAAAAUUAUCACCAUAGACGAUAAAAUUAUUAUCUGACAUUUAUAAUAUAAAUAUCGUCAUUAAUUUGAGUAACCAAUGUAACUUUUAUAGCAAAAUUUUUCUGAAUCAAAAUUUAAACUAAUUUCAUACUAAUUUAUUGCUACUAGUUUGUUUGUUUAUUUAUUUACAUGUGGUGCCAUAAGCCUGAGCUCAGCCAUCGUAAAUAUCCGCGGGCACUCCCGACCACGACGCCUUUUAUGGAUUAGGUUAUGUUGCUAUUAUCUAGCUAGAUCAAUCUAGGUCAAUGUUUUCCGGUAAACCAAAAUCUAUUAAUUGUGAUUAAUAAGAUGGGAUAGUAUUGUACAUCAUUGAUAAGCUGAUAUAAUUAAAUGCUGAAGUAUACUACUACUAGUUAAUUACUCGUGACCAAUAUUUCUGACGAUAAUAUCUAUGUAGGUGUUAACGAAUUUGACUAAUAAUGUGUCUAUACUAUGAAUUGAGACAUUAAUGAGCUCAACUAUAAUUCCAUGCAACUUAUGCAAACAAAACAAUGGAAAAUGAAACAGAUUUAUAGAGCAAGAGGAAAACGGGCAGGUCGAUUAAUAGCAUGGAGUAACAUACUAUAUGAUAGUGAUAGUGAUACACACGACACACACACAUAUUUUUCGUCUAAAAAUAUCACAACAAUUUAGUGCGAGGGAUGGAUGCUGAUAGAUUUUCAUAAUGAGAAAAAAAUGAUAAUGAAUUCGUUACGUAAUUGAUGGUAGCAUGGAAACCCUAGCGUAACGCACGUGGCACGCCAUGUUAUUAAUAUCUUAUUUCAAGGUAACUUAUAUCUAUUUUCAACUAUGUACUAAACACAUAAUAAAACUACGUACAUAUUUAUCUUCAACAAACCAUUUUGUGUAUAGUAUACUUUCUCAAAAAAUUGUAUAGUUAUGUACUGAGUUUAAUUAACUAGCUAUAAACUCUGUUACAACAGCCGAAAAAUACUAAUUUAUCAUGUUUAUAAUUGUCCGAGCAGAUUCUAAGUAUAGUUCGGGACUUUUUGGUUAGCAUAAAUUUAGAAAUUAAUAUAAUAAAAUGUAUAUUCAUUCGAUUUUAUUUAUUGGUAUAUUAAAUUAUAUUUCAACUUAGUCAGUGAGCCUUCCUUUCGCAUUUGUUUAUCAUCAUCAAUUCAAUAUAUGUAGCGUAAGGAUUAAAUAAAACUUUCAACAGAAUCCAUGUAAGUUAGUUUUUGAAUACCAGUGUUCAUACUGCAAUAUAGAAGCGAACACUACCUAGAAAUACUACUUCUGAGUAUUAAAAUAUACUACUUUACACCGGCCUUUUUAUUAACGUAACCAUUAUAAAAUAUAAACAUACACAGAGAGAUAGACACAUAAAUAGCUGUCUAGAAAAUACAAUAUGACAUAGUAACAUAUUGUAUUUACCAUUCGUAAGAAAACGACACGUUUGUAACAUUAAUAUCACAAUUAUAAUGGCUACGAUCUAGCAUUGAUAUCAAAAUACAUAACAAUGAUACUCUCGUCAGGUACUCAAACGUCACGAUCAAAACGACUACCUAAAAAAGAAGUUGAAGUAAAAACAAACAGUGAGGUGUAUUCAAAUAAUGAUGAUAUAUGUGUGGUAAAUAAGCAUUAAAUAUCGAAUUCUAUGGAAGAAUGCUAAAUAAUAAAAUAGUAGAAAUUAGGGAGACUUUAAAAUAAAGGCAUGUGAGAAGGGUGUUGACAGUUGUCAGAAAUGCCAUGCUGAGAUGGGGCAAAGAGCUUUCACUCCUUGUGGGUCUCUUUAAUUAUCUCUUUUCCUCUUCCCUUCCUUCUAAUUAGUUUCUAACCUAACAGUAAAUCAUACUCUAUGAUCUGUCUAUUUGCAUUUUUAUCAAGUCUAAACCUAAAAACCCGAGUUUCUAGACUAGGAAAUUCAUAUAACUAUACCGUAUAAUAGAUUAUCUACCUAUUUGUUCUUCAACAAAGUAGGUCAUAGAAAGGUGCAAGCAACAAAGCAUCAAUGACGAACGAAGAAAAAGAUCAAUUACUAUUAUGCUAUUUAUGGUAGUAGAGUAUAAUAUGAAAGCUUUAGUUCUCGAUAGAAUACCAGCUCGGGUUUAGUUGGGGCACUUGAUUUCCACCGAAAAACAUUUAAUUUCUACGAUAUACCAUAGCGCUGCAUCAUUUUAUUCCUUUUCACAACAAGACAAAAUAUAAGUAUAUAUAUUAUCUAGUUCUAUCUCUCCAUUUUGAUAUUAGCAUACAGUGUUUCAAAUAUAAGCAUUAAUUAAAAUCGGAAAACAAUCUACCCAGUGUAGUACAUAUCACCAGCACGUAAAACUGUUAAAUCCCUAUAGUAAUAUAUUCAAUAUUUUACAAGUAUAUUGUGUUUUAUCAACAUCCUGCUGGUCUUAUUUUAUUCUAACAAUUCUCCAUUUGCUAUUGCAUAAUGGAAUUUUAGCCCAUAUUCAAACAAUCAAGUUCAUCCAUGGACCAUGCAUAGGUUAUCACGAAAAGAUAAAUAAACAUUUACUUGCCCUAGUGUAAAAAUACUAAACAUUAAAUAAAAGAAAAUUAAAUUAAAUGAGUCAUUUUCAAGUAUAUAUAUUGACGUAGGUGUGAACAUACCUGUCAUCACAAGUAUGCGAUCCACUGUCCUUUCCUAACUUCAACAUUUUCACUUCAAUACUUUCUCAAUCUCUUUCUCUCAAGCCUUUAUAUAAACCCUACCUAAUACGUACGUACUCUCCUCACACUCACUGAGUCAUCAAAACCUACGUGUCAAUGACCGAGUUAUCCAUUUCCUCCGUCCAACAACCUUCUCUGGUGGAAGAGGAGACUCAUCACCACCGAGAAGAUGAAGAGACCCAUCGAACAAAUAAGAAGAAACGGGCUAGACCCGACCCGUGUUAUAGAGGCGUACGGAUGCGAACGUGGGGCAAAUGGGUCUCCGAGAUCCGCGAGCCACGCAAGAAGAGCCGAAUCUGGCUCGGCACCUUCUCCACGGCGGAGAUGGCGGCGCGUGCGCACGACGCAGCUGCUUUAACCAUCAAAGGACCCUCAGCCGUCCUCAACUUCCCGGAGCUAGCCACUUUCCUUCCUCGUCCAGCUUCCUCCUCUCCACGCGACGUUCAAGCUGCAGCCGCCGUAGCCGCCGCCAUGGACUUUUCCUCCUCCUCCUCCUCUGCCGGCGUUAUCUCUGAUCCCACCACCGUUGUCCCCGAGUCGCAGUUAUCUUCUUCAAGUAGCUACUUGUCGUUUACAUCGUCUUCAACAUUGUCACCGUCGAGCGAAGAAGCAGCAUCAUCAACGGCGGAAGAACUGAGCGAGAUAGUCGAGUUGCCGAGUCUAGAGACGAGUUACGAUGAGCCGUGGAGCGAGUUCGUGUACGUUGACCCGGCGUAUCCACCUAGUUCGCCUUGGUAUUUUAAUAACUGUUAUAGCUUUUAUCACCACAGCGACGAAACUGGCACUUCGAUGGGUGAACCUUUUGACUCUUCCAACUUUUGUCUUUUUCCUUAGUUUAAUUUCUCCUGUUUUUUCUUUUCCAUUGUAGACCAUUUUCUUUGAGGUUUAUUUAAUUAUUGGUUUCACAACAGUGUUUAAUAUACUCGAUUAAACCUGGUUUUAUCAAAUAAUAUAUGUUUCAUAGUUCUUUUUGUAUUGUGAUCGGAUCUUCUAGAAAAAAAAAGCUAAAACAAGUCACGCAUGCAAUACCUAACAGGCCAAUAUGAUUGUAGGAUAACUAUUUUCUGUUUUUUAUUUUGUAGGUUUAGCAACAUCAUAAAUGUUUGUAGGUGAAUAUUUCGAGCAUUGAACUAUUUAUAUGAAGGUAUAAUAGGCUGGUAUACCUUUUUUAGUUUGAAUGUUUAAUUUGUAUAAUUAAUUAAAUCAUGUGUUCUCAGAUAGUUUUUUAGCUGGCAUAUAUGGAAUCUUUUUCCAACUUGGUACUUAAUUAUUGGUUUAUUAUCAUCCUCUGAAUCUAAUUCACAAAAUUUCUCUUGUUAGAUCGAGCUAACUAGUUCAGAUGAAUUAUUGUGUAUUAAAAAUUACAAAGAAAAGCUUACACUUUUGCGUUUAAAACUCUAUUUAUACCCUGCUAUAAUGGAUUAAAUAUCAAAAAUUGUUGUACAAGAGAAGUAAGAACUUAUUGUUCUGCCAAAACCAAAUUGCAGGUAAAUUAAGCAUACUUAUGCUUUAAUCCUUAUUUGACUUUAUGACAUUAGUCAGACGUAAUUAAUGACUUGACCAUUGAAUUAACACGUGCAUGCACUAACUCAUAUGCAAAUCCGAUGACGUUGAUUAACAAGAAGUCUUUAUUUGUUUCUAUUUUUCUUAGACGAAAUUUUAUUUUAUGUUUGAACAAUUCAGUUUUUUUUUUCGUACGCAAAUUAACAAGUAUUGCGUGAGUCUCUCCUCGACGAAAACUUCAAUCAACACCCGCCACAUGAGGUGAUUAAGCUAACCAUUUAAAACUAUUAUCGUACAUUAACUUAAACUAAAAUCAAUUGUUCUUUCAAAAAAAAAAAACUAAAAUUAAUUGUUACGUUAAUUAAUAAUGCAUUUAACUAUUCCGUAGGAAAAGGUCAUUGCCAUCGGGAUCCGCGGUCAACGGAGGUUCCACCCACGAGCACAGUGUUUAUUUAUUUUUUUGCUCAAAUAUAGAUGAUUCUUUUUGAUAGUUUAAUGGGGACCCAUUUUAUAUACUAUAAAUUUUAUAAUAAUGCAGGAUCUUUUGUCAGAUGUAUGUAAAUUAUUAUGCUUAAUGAUCGGAAAUAGAACUUCCAAAAAAAGUGUUGCGAAUCCUACAGGAGAAGGGUCAUGCCUUUGGUUUUCAAGAACCAAAUCGUCCCCUAAACUAUCAAAGUUAAUCGUUU